CUCCCUCCCCCAUCUCUUUGCACUUCUCAUAGCAACGAAGCAGACGGAGGAAAGAUCCCAGUAUAGAGAGAGAAUCUUCUCUAGCAAAGUGUCUUCCUUUCCUGCUUAGGUCUUCGCAUAUAUCCUUACACGCGAUCCAAUUUCAAGAUUUAUUAUAUCGUCACCAAUCAACCCAAUAAUAUGUGUGUAUAAUAAUAUAUGUAGAGCAUUUGAGGGACAACGGUAAAAUGGGUUCAAAGAAAAAAUCUUCCUCUCGCAAAUCUUCUCCCCCUUCGGCUUCUCGAGAUUCUAACUCAACGAUGGAUAAUACUGGAAUUCACGCGAGGCAUCAAAAGGAGCUAGAAAAUUUGACGUUAACUACACAACCUUUGAAAACUUUGAAAUACUUUUCUUUGGCAAUUAUGAGCUAUGUUGAAAAAUCAGUAGUAUACAUUUUAGCCCAUUGUGUUUGGUUCUUGCUUCUGAGCGUUGCAAUCCUUAUUCCUGCAAUAUUUUUGCUGACAGUUGAUGGUCCACAUGAAAUGCUUGUGGAGGAGCUACGCCAAUAUUUACAAUUUGGACUAUGGUGGGUGGCACUCGGUGUUGCAUCGUCUAUUGGUCUUGGAUCUGGUCUUCAUACAUUUGUGCUCUAUCUGGGUCCUCAUGUUGCCUUUUUCACAAUAAAAGCAAUGCAAUGUGGUCGAGUUGACCUUAAAAAUGGUCUGUAUGACACAAUACAAUUGAAAAGAGUCCCAUCAUGGCUUGACAAGGAUUGCUCAGAAUUUGGACCUCCAUUAAUUUCGUCUUUGCAUGAUUCUCGAGUUCCACUCAGCAGCAUAUUGCCACAGGUUCAGGUGGAGGCUGUGUUGUGGGGAAUUGGGACUGCACUUGGAGAACUUCCUCCAUAUUUCAUCUCAAGAGCAGCCCAAUUAUCAGGUGGUAAAAUAGACGCUAUGGAAGAAUUGGACUCUUCCUCCACAAAAGACGAUGGAGCCAUAGCUUCUCGUCUAAAUAAGAUGAAACGCUGGUUGCUCUCACACGCACAAUAUUUGAAUUUCUUCACGAUUCUAGUCCUUGCAUCGGUACCGAAUCCUUUGUUUGAUCUUGCUGGUAUUAUGUGUGGACAAUUCGGAAUUCCAUUUUGGGAGUUUUUCCUUGCAACACUGAUUGGGAAGGCCAUUAUUAAGACUCACAUACAGACGGUGUUUAUUAUUUUGGUUUGCAACAAUCAGCUUCUGGACUGGAUUGAAAAUGAGUUGAUUUGGGUUUUCAGUUUCAUACCUGGAUUGUCUGCAAUCCUGCCCAAUGUUAUUUCCAAAUUGCACGCAGCUAAAGAAAAGUAUAUGGCUAGCUCCUCAUCUCAUCCCUCUCCAAAUAUGAAGGUGAAGAAGUGGUGGGGUAUGUCAUUUACUUCGUUUUGGAACACUAUCGUGUGGCUCAUGAUCAUGAACUUCCUCCUCAAGAUUGUGACUGCAACUGCUCAGAAAUACCUUAAGAGGCGGCAGGAGUUGCAGUUGGACGGUAUUAAGAAGAAGAGAUUAGAAUGAACAUUCAUGAUUUCUCCAUCUUUCUUCUUCUUCUUCUUCUUCUUCUUCAUUUUUCUAUUUGGUGGUAACUAAACAGAUUAUUUAUUGCUUGCUAUGUUACUGCCAUAAUAGCUCACAUUUAAAUCUGCAUGCCUUGGAGGAGGCAUUGCAUAGAAAGCAGCAGCCUGAUUCUUGAUCAUACUUAAAUUUUAGAGAAGAGACUUAAAAGUUGGUAGACUUUUGAUUAAUUUACCCUCUUUUCUUGCUGUUAGAAAAGAAAAAAAUAUGGGUUUGUUUGUAUUACUAGAAAGGGGAUAUAUAUAUUCUUUGGCAAUGCAAAUACAAGACACUUGAUGAUUGAUCUUCAAUUGCU